AAGAGAACCGUCCAGUCUUGCGAGUCUUACCCUUUUAGAGAGAGAAAGUGAGGACAGAGAGAGAGUGUGUUCUUCCGCUGAGCAACAGCAGAGCACCUGAAACUGAAGCUGAGGGAAGCAGAUGCAACCGACGAGCGGUGGAAGCGGCGGCGGCGGCGGAGGAGGUGAACUGAGUCGGGGACUCGCGCGGUUCCGCUCAGCUCCGGCGACCUGGUUAGAAGCUCUGCUCGAGUCGGAAGAGGAGGACGACUUAGUGAAGCCGACUCAGUGCCCGACUCAGCUUCCUCCGUCCAACUCAGCCACACCCACCACCCGAAGGUCCGGCACUAGUUACGCGUCGGUGCCCGAUCCGGGUUUGUUUGACGCCGGUGGUGCGGCGUCUGGGAUAAGUUUUCUCCGGCAGAACAGUUCUCCGGCGGAGUUUCUUACUCAAAUCAGCCCUGGGUCUGAUGGGUACUUCUCGAACUACGGAAUUGCCGCCAAUUAUGACUACCUUUCGUCGUCUAUGGAGGUCUCUCCGUCCAGGAAGCGGGCUAGGGAGGGAGAUUCAGAACACUCAUCAGCAAAAUUUUCUUCUAAGUUGAAAGGAGAGCAGAGUGGGCAGUUACAUGGUGGAAUUAGUGGUGUGUUGGAUGCUGAUAUGGAUAGGCUUUUGGAGGAUUCAGUUCCAUGUAGGGUUCGGGCUAAGCGAGGCUGUGCUACGCAUCCUCGGAGCAUUGCUGAGAGGGUUCGGAGGACUCGAAUUAGUGACCGAAUAAGGAAGCUUCAGGAACUUGUGCCUAAUAUGGAUAAGCAAACCAAUACUGCGGAUAUGUUGGAAGAGGCAGUAGAGUAUGUCAAGUUUCUACAAAGACAGAUUCAGGAACUCACGGAGCAUCAAAAGAAAUGCAAAUGCUUAACUAAAGAUUAAUGGGAAGAACAUAGCCAAGACUGUAUUUCUGCUACCGUGGUCUCUUUUGUUCAUAGGCAAUAAUGGUCUUUCAUCUUCCAAAGAUCUGCCUUCAAAAUGCGAAGACUUUGCCAUCUACUAUGUCAUAUUCUUAUGCAUGGGUGAUUUUGGCUGGUCAUAGGAGCACUGUAGCUGUAUAAUCCAUGAUCAAGAAUGUCAGCUUCAUCUUCGCAAAAACUUCUAGGCAAAAUUCCAUAGGUAUGGUUGUAGUUGUGAAAUGUUGAGCACAGUAAUAUCCUCUUUAACUUACCGCCCACAAGCUUCUUUUAUUAAAAGUAUUUAUUUUCCAUAUUCACAGUUGUGUAUUUGGAAACUUGUAUUUCAUAAAGCUUGCUGUUCAAAUUUGAGGAGCUAUUUAGUCAAUGAAAAUCUUUCUAUGUA